AACAUCUCUGCUUUUCAGCUUUAAAUUAUUCUACACCAAAUGGCUUCGACUAGUCAAGAAGUAGUGGUGGCGCCACCUGUUGAUGCUCACAACCUGCGCAAAGAUAAGAGUUUAUGGCGUGAUCUAACCUCCUAUUGGAUUUUGGGUUUAUGCAAUAAUUAUGGUUAUGUGGUAAUGUUAAGUGCAGCUCAUGAUAUUAUAGGACAAUUUCAUCAUGAUGAACCACCUUCAAAUGAUAAUGAAGGCGGUAAUGGUCGAGAAUGCCAUAUUGUUUCAACAGGUGCUAUUUUAUUGGCUGAUAUUCUGCCCUCCCUAUUCGUAAAGAUUAUUAUGCCUUUCUUUCCGUUUUGGGUUCAUUUCCGCAUUGCUACAGCUGUUCUCUUCUCUGCUGCCGGUUUUCUUUUUGUGGGUUUCGCCAAUGCCGAAUGGAUGGCCCUACUAGGUGUUAUUAUCACCUCCGCUAGUUCUGGCAUAGGAGAGACAACCUUUCUAGCCUAUUCUUCCCACUUUAACAAAAACGUAGUGUCAACUUGGUCUUCUGGUACCGGAGGAGCUGGAGUUAUUGGCUCUCUGUCUUAUGCCACCUUAAGAUCGUUAAAUGUCAGUCCUCGUGAUACAAUGCUAAUAAUGUUAAUAUUUCCCUUUAUAGAGGCUUUAUCAUUUUGGAUUUUGUUGAGAAAACCUUCUGUUUUACCUGUAACAGCUGUAGAAUCUACUGAGGAGUUGAUAAUAGAUGAUAAACCUUUGCAGGGUUUCAAGGAAAAGUUUUUCUAUAUCAAAAACUUGAUCAAAUAUAUGGUACCCUUGGCUUUGGUUUAUUUCUUUGAGUAUUUCAUAAAUCAAGGAUUGUUUGAAUUGGUUUUCUUCGAAAACACUUUCCUGGACAAAGCUUCUCAAUACAGAUGGCUUAAUGUGGACUAUCAAAUAGGCGUUUUCAUUUCCCGCUCCUCGGUCAAUAUUUUCCAAUUGGACAAGAUUUGGUUAAUGUCUGUGUUCCAAUUAGUCAAUGUGGUAUAUUUCCUUACCGAGGUCAUCUAUUUCUAUACACCUAGCAUUUGGAUUACAUUUGUCAUUGUCUUGUGGGAGGGUCUGUUGGGCGGUGGUGCCUAUGUUAAUACUUUCUAUAGAAUGUCAAAGGAAAUACCUCCCGGUCGACGACAAUUUGCCAUGGCCAUGGUGGUUCAAUCCGAUUCGUAUGGUAUUGCUUUGGCCGGUUUUCUAGCCAUUCCAGUACAUAAUGCCAUUUGUGCUUUACCGGCAGCUGUGAGAAGUGUCACAUGGUAAAUGCGGCCAGUAUUAGUUAGUUAUUGUCUUAGUUUUAAUUUAGUUUGAAUGUGCAAAAUGUUAAAUGUAGCUUGUUGUGUACAUUAAUUUUAAGACUGUCCCAAAGGAAAGAUGUAUGUAAAUUUAACUAUAUUUGAUUUAUAGUUAAACAGUUAAGAAUUUAAUAUUUAGUUGUAAGAUGAUAGAAAAGACGAAAAGUGAAAAUGUAAAAAAAUAUUUAGAAAAUACAAAACAAUUUAUAAUUUAAGCCUUAAAGUAGGCUUCAGUUUUCAGAAUACGUA